AUGGCGUCUUCAACUACCAACCCCUUCCCUCCUUUUCCUUUGACCGGGAUACAGUUUCCCUCGUCUCCUAUUGUGCUAUCUUCUUAUGAAUAUGCCAAGAAAUAUUCGACCCCCGGAGUCUUAAAUCACGUUUUGCGAAGUGCCGCUUUUUGCCUUCUCUUACAGAAGAAGAUACCUGAAUUUUCCAAGCUAGGCGAUGCGCUUGACGCCGAGCUUGUUGUCGUCAGCUGUCUUCUCCACGAUCUCGCUUGGACCAAAACAAAGGCACUUGUGACGAAUACAAGACGUUUCGAGGUCGACAGUGCCAACCUCGCUCGUGACUUCAUUGACACACUCCCGGAUAAAGACGUCAAGUGGAGCAGAAAUGGCCGCCGCAUGCAGAUUAUCUGGGAUUCUAUCGCGCUUCAUACGAUGGAAACCUUGGCACCAUGGAAGGAGCCCGAAGUUGCGCUUGUCCACUACGGCAUUCAUGGCGACCUUCUUGGGCCGAGCCUGCACCUCCUUGGGUUACCAGAUGACCUACCGAACUUGAAAGGGGUCAUGACAGACGAAGAGUUCCAAGAAAUCUCCAACGCUUUUCCGCGAAUGCAUUUUGCGGAAGAGUUCAAAGAGAUCUUCUGCGGCUUAUGCCGGGACAGGCAGCGCUACACAUUCGACAGUGGCGUUAUGGACUACGGACUAGAGUGGGGUUAUGAUGGGGAGGGUACUGGAAAGGAAGAGUUUCAGAAAGUGGUAGAGGAUACUCAGCGUGCUAAGAAUCUAUAUGCAGUAAUGAUUUCGAUCGAUCAACUGGCGGAUAAAGCAUAG